AUGGAUGUGAACGACGUGCUGCUGGUGGUGCUGGCGGCGGCGCUGGGAGCCAUGUGGUGGCGCCGAUGCUCCAAGACCGGCGGCGUCGACGGGCUCCCGCCGGGUCCGCCGGGUUGGCCGGUGGUGGGAAACCUGUUCCAGGUGAUCCUGCAGCGGCGUCCCUUCAUGUACGUGGUGCGCGACCUCCGGGAGAGGUACGGCCCCAUCUUCACGAUGCGGAUGGGGCAGCGCACCCUGAUCGUGGUCACCUCGGCGGACCUCAUCCACGAGGCGCUCGUGAAGCAGGGCCCCAUGUUCGCGAGCCGGCCCGAGGACAGCCCCAUCCGCCUCCUCUUCAGCGUCGGCAAGUGCACCGUCAACUCGGCGCCCUACGGCCCGCUGUGGCGCGCGCUCCGCCGCAACUUCGUCGCCGAGAUCGUGUCCCCGCACCGCGUCAAGUCCUUCUCAUGGAUCCGGGAAUGGGCCGUGGAUGCGCACCUGCGCCGCCUCCGCGCGGAGCUCGCCGCGGAAGGCGCGGUGAGGGUGAUGGCCAGCUGCCGCCUCACCAUCUGCAGCAUCCUCAUCUGCAUCUGCUUCGGCGCCAAGAUCCCCGACGAGCUGAUCCGGGAGAUCGAGGAGGUGCUCAAGGACGUGAUGAUGAUUUCCUUGCCCAAGCUCCCGGACUUCCUGCCCCUCCUCACGCCGCUCUUCCGGAAGCAGCUGUCCGAGGCCCGCGCCCUGCGCCGCCGCCAGCUCGGCUGCCUCGCGCCGCUCGUCCGCGCGCGGAGGGACUUCCUCCGCGACGGCACCAAGGGGGCGGCGGCGGCGGCGAAGGACGGCGUGGAGAUGAUGAGCGGGCCCGGGGAGGCGUACGUGGACUCGCUCUUCGACCUGGUGCCGCCCGGCCGCGGGAAGCGCCUCGGCGAGGAGGAGCUCGUCACGCUCUGCUCCGAGGUCAUGAGCGCCGGCACCGACACCAGCGCCACCGCGCUGGAAUGGGCCAUGAUGCACCUCAUCCUCGACCCCGCCGCGCAGGAGCGCCUCUACGACGAGGUCGUCGCCAGGGCCGGCAAGACUGCCCGGAUCACCGAAGCCGACGUCGAGGCCAUGCCCUACCUCCAGGCGGUGGUGAAGGAGACUUUCCGGCGUCACCCGCCGAGCCACUUCGUGCUGUCGCACGCGGCGACGCGGGACACGGAGCUGGGCGGGUACCGCGUGCCCGCCGACGCCAGCGUGGAGUUCUACACGGCGUGGGUGACGGAGAACCCGGCGACGUGGCUGGACCCGGAGGCCUGGCGCCCCGAGCGGUUCCUGGAGGGCGGCGAGGGCUUCGACACCGACAUCACGGGCACCCGCGCGCUGCGCAUGAUGCCGUUCGGCGCCGGCAGGCGCAUCUGCCCCGCCGCCACGCUCGGCGUGCUCCACAUCCAGCUCAUGCUCGCCAACAUGGUGCGCGCGUUCCGGUGGACGCCCCCCGCCGGCGAGGGACCGCCGGAUCCCACCGAGACGUUCGCGUUCACUGUCGUCAUGAAGAACCCGCUCCGCGCUGCCUUCGUCGAGCGGAACCACCCCGCCGCGACGGCGACGGCGACGGCCACGGCGGAGUGA